CGCGAAAGGCGGCUCUUAUUUCCGUUUCGCCGGGCCUCUGGAGUUCAAGAAAACUUGUAAAGUCUGCAAAAGAACGCAUUGAAAUCCCCUUUGUCCUUAUAAACUCCACAAUUUGAGCCACUUCCGAGUGGCUUUAGAUAGUCUGCCGUCAUGGGGAAUAAAGGGAUGGAAGAUCUGAUACCAAUAGUCAACAAAAUUCAAGACGCUUUUGCCUCUAUCGGGUACAGCUCUAUGAUAGAUCUGCCACAAAUUGCUGUAGUUGGUUCACAGAGUGCGGGGAAAAGCAGCGUUUUAGAGAACUUCGUUGGGAAGGAUUUUUUGCCCCGGGGCUCUGGUAUUGUGACAAGAAGACCCUUGAUUCUGCAACUACAACCUUCGAAAAGCGAGUAUGCUGAGUUUCUUCACUGUAGGAACAAAAAAUUCACAGACUUUGGCGAAGUGCAAAAGGAAAUUGUCGCUGAAACGGACAGAGUGACUGGUGGCAACAAGGGAAUCUCAAAUAUACCAAUAAACUUGAGAGUGUAUUCUCCAAGUGUUUUAAGCCUGACGCUGGUCGAUCUUCCUGGAAUGACGAAAGUUCCUGUUGGUGACCAGCCAGCAGAUAUUGAAUUCCAGAUAAGGUCCAUGCUAUUGGAGUUCAUUACCAAGGAAAACUGCCUAAUCCUGGCCGUGUCACCAGCAAACAGUGAUCUGGCAAACUCAGAUGCACUCAAAAUUGCACGAGAGGUUGAUCCCCAAGGGGCCCGUACUAUUGGUGUCAUCACCAAACUGGACUUGAUGGAUGAGGGGACUGAUGCGCGUGAUAUUCUUGAGAACAGAGUCCUUCCCCUCAGGAGAGGUUACAUCGGCAUUGUAAAUAGAAGCCAAGCUGAUAUUGAUGGUAGGAAAGACAUAAGGGCCGCACUGGCAGCAGAACGUAAAUUUUUUCUCAGUAACCCAUCCUAUAGGCAUAUGGCAGACAAGAUGGGGACACAAUAUUUGCAAAAAGUUUUAAAUCAGCAACUGACAAAUCAUAUAAAAGACACACUUCCUGCUCUGAGGAGCAAGCUUCAAGAUAACCUACUUGCUUUGGAGAAGGAAGUGAAAGGCUACGAGAAUUACAAUCCUAGGGAUCUGUCAGUCAGAACAAAAGCCCUCAUGCAGAUGAUGCAAACAUUUAGUGCCGAUUUUGAGAAAGCAAUUGAAGGGUCUGGAGACUCUAUUAACACGGUGGAGCUAUCUGGUGGUGCCAAAAUCAACCGAAUCUUCCAUGAGCGCUUCCCUUAUGAGUUAGUCAAGAUGGAGUUUGAUGAAAAACAGCUUAGAAGAGAAAUCAUGUUUGCCAUAAAAAAUAUUCAUGGUAUUAGGGUUGGGCUUUUUACUCCAGACAUGGCAUUUGAGGCCAUUGUUAAACGGCAAAUUGACAAACUGCGCUCACCAGCCAUCAAGUGUGUGGAUAUGGUGAUGACGGAACUAACAUCUGUCAUUCAGAAAUGCGCCACUCAGAUGGCCAAGUACCCAUUGCUCCGAGAUCAAGUAGAGCGUAUUGUUAUCGAUCACAUCAGGAGUAAUGAGGUCACAACUAAGGAACAGGUCCAGACUUUCAUUGAGUUGGAACUAGCCUACAUCAACACCAACCAUCCGGACUUUGUUGGUUUUGCAGAAGCACAGGCCUCGGCGUCAAAUUAUGAGAAGAAAAAGACCAGGGUCACUAACCAGAUCAUACGCAAGGGGUGGCUCACCGUAUCACAGGCUGGGUUUAUGAAAGGUGUUGGCAUGGGCUCCAAAGAGUACUGGUUUGUUUUGACAGCUGAAACCUUGACGUGGUAUAAGGAUGAGGAGGAAAAAGAGACAAAAUACCAGCUCCGCCUAGAUGGUGUAAGGUUGCGAGACUUGGAGGCAGGCUUCAUGUCCAAAAGGGUCUCAUUUGCCCUCUUUAACCCUGACACAAAGAACCUGUUUAAGGACCACAAGCAGCUUGAGCUGUCGGCAGAUAAUCAGGAGACGGUGGACAGCUGGAAGGCGUCAUUUCUACGCGCUGGUGUCUAUCCUGAAAGAGAGAGCUCAGAGGAUAAGAGCCUUCAAGGGGAGAUUGGCACGCUGGACCCACAGAUGGAACGGCAGGUGGAGACCAUCCGCAACCUGGUGGACUCUUACAUCCGUAUCGUCAGCAAGACCAUACGGGACCUUGUGCCCAAGACCAUCAUGUACAUGAUCAUAAAUAACAUAAAAGAAUUCAUUGCCGCAGAGUUGCUUGCGCAUCUUUACUCCUCUGGGAAUGUGAGUGACCUCAUGGAGGAGAGUGAGGAAGAAGCCCAGCGCCGCGAAGAGAUGCUCAAGAUGUAUCACAGCACCAAAGAGGCCUUGCAGAUCGUGGGCGACAUUGACACACAUACCAUUUCAAUUCCAACCCCACCCCCCGUGGACAAUAGCGACUUUGAUCCAAGGGGAUCUUAUCACAGCCCUCAAGUGCCUAGACGCCCUAUGUCAUCAGGUGGUGCGCUCCCUGCGCCACCCUCACGGCCUUCAGCCCCAAGCCGCCCAGCUCCCUCCCGGCCCGACAGGGAACUCAGGAGACCACCAGCCCCUCCUAAACCAGGCGGAGCACCCCCAAUUCCGGGUCGUCCACCAAUCCCGUCGCGUCCUACGUAAUAUCGCACUCUGAUUGGUGGCUCUAGCGUGCAAGGGCGGCGAUGAUUGGUCAGAUACUUUAAUUUGGUGCUUUUUACUUAGGAUGGGGUGGUUUUGAUACUCACCUUAAAAAAAAAAAAACGGCCAGCCACUGUCAUUUGAAUAGGGGAAAGUGGUGAUACUCACUCAAACUUCGUCAGUGCGUCAGGGCUACAAUUACGACACCAUCGGGUGAUUUUGAGAUCCAUGUCAAGUCAAGGACAAAGCUCCCUGCUGAGUCCCUAUGGAGUUGUCAAUAAAUACACCGGGUCAAUCCAAGAACGCUAAGAAUUCACACUAGAGACAACCUUUACGGCUCUAUUGUAAAUUCAGCAAAUCAUAGUUGUCCAUUUGUUUGUUGCGAUUUUUCUCUAAUGAAAUAAUAUAAUUUGGAAUGCUUUUAUAAUUAAUUCAAGCCGGAUCCCUUCUGGUUCCAGCUCUGUAAAGUGUGGCUAUGGAAUGCUUGUAUCAAAAUCGUGGUAUACUGUAGAUGUACAAUUAGUUAAUUAAAAAAUAUCAAGAGUCUCGUU